UAUGUUAAGGGUGUUUACGCAGGCUGCCUAUGUGAUUUGUUGCUCCUUCAAAAGCUGAGGACAGUAAGAUUAUUUGACUGAAGCUUUAGACCUAGUUCAUGCUGUCUCCAGUAGUAGGCUAGCACUCCUCAGUCCACAUGAGGGGGCAAAAGGACAGUUUACCCACAUCCUGCACUGCAGUCUGCUCAUGAUCUGCUCUUGUUCCGUGAAGCCAUGCGACUCCACCAGCGACAACAUGUAAAUCUUGGAAGUCAGUCCCGGUAAAUACAAGACCUUCGAUUAGAGUGAAACAAGCUGUUGGUAACAUGGGGAAUAACUCUGGAAAAGAACAACAUGGAUCUGCAGGCACUGCUGCGGACACGUAUGAAACACCUCCUGCCUCGCCGAAUAGUCUUAUUUCUACCUGCUCAUCAACCACUCAGCUGGUGUCCAUUUCCAACUAUACAAGCACAGCCAUCCCUGAAACGGCUCAAGACACUCUGAGUUCCACCAGUCAGAAUGAUGAGCAAUUGUUGGACUGCAGGACAGGGCUUGCGAUGGAGGCUGAGGAUGGAUUCAAGAUGACAGAAUCACCUAGGCAGGUGUCUCAUCCUUCAGGUGUGUAUGUGAAUGGAAACACAGAAGUGGACGCAAAACUCCUACAGGAGUGUUUAAACACACUGCAGCUCAACAACAAAGAAGAAUCCACAUACAUACUGAACGAUCUGUUAAAAUGUUUUCUGGUGGAGAGGGAAAAGAUGAAGGAGGAAUUGAGAAGCUUUAAAGAAAAGAUUCAGGCAGAACGUGAGGAGUGGCAGCAAUUCCAGUCUGACCUGAAGGUGGCGCUAGUGGUGUCAGACAGACUGAGGGCAGAAGCUGAGGAAGAGCAAAAUACUUUAAGAGCAGCCAGGCAGGACAUGGACACACAGCUAGCCAAUGCCUUGCAGGGUCGCCAGGAGUUCGAAAGUCAAUUGGAGAGCCUCAGAGUUGAGUUGGAGCAAAGCAAGCAGAAACUGAAGCAGGUCACAGACAGCCACCAGGGGGCGCCGGUGAUGAGGGGCCUAGAGAAACAAGAUCAGCUGUGGACAGAUGAGAUGAAGGGAAAAAGAGAAAUGCACAUCUCUGGUACUACAGAGAGGUUAAGGAGCCUGUGUCGACUGCCCUCAGAUUACCCUGAUGUUGUUGUAAAUGGGACUUCCCUACCCUCAGUUACUAUGACAACAGAAUCUACUUCUCAGAGCAAGGCUCAAACAGCAAGUUUAGACCAACAGAGCAACAAGACCAUCUCCAGUAGAGAUAAGAAAGUGGAGAAAUCAGUCCUACAGACAUGCAACUCUUCAGUUUUAGAUGUGACAAAUAAGAUCAACAGGACAAGGACACAGGAGGAUUUCCCAUCAGGACUCAGGUCGCUGAGGCUUCAUGGCAGCUCCAGGUGGAACUCCCUGCUUUGCUGGUGUCAAGGCAGAACUCAGGGAUACAAGAAUAUUGAGAUCACUAAUUUCAGCAGUUGCUGGGUGGAUGGUUUGGCCUUUUGUGCGAUUUACCACAGUUACCUCCCCUCUCACAUACCAUAUGACAAACUCAGUCCAGAGAAUAAGAAAGAGAAUCUCACUCUAGCAUUCCAAACUGGAGAAGGUUUUGGAAUCUCUGCAUCACUGACGGUGGAGGAGAUGCUAAUAGAUGAAGCACCAGACUGGCACAGAGUUCUGGAAUACGUAGAGAGCAUCUGUCGCCAUUUUGAGAUGCAAGACCGUGAAUAUACACGUCCUGAUCAUUUAUAGUGAUCACGAACGCUUUCAAAAUUCCACCACAGCAUCAGUAUGUGCUCUGAGGGGAGUACACAACUUCAAGUAACCUUAAAGUGGGCCUGAAAGUUCAUCUUUAGCUGUUGAUCUGUUUUUAAUAACUAAGAGGUUUGUAUUAGAGACUAGAUAAGGUUUUGCUGGUUAGCAUGGCCUGCUAACACUUCCACUUAUUCUAGGGUGACCAU